UAUAUUGACUCCUCCCUGUUAGCUGUGAGUGUGAUUAUUAAAGCUAGUGCAAUCGGGGCAGCAGACAGUAGAGAACCUCUGUCUGCUGGAGUGCUAACAUUGAGAGAAGAGAGAGAACAUGAAUCAGGAGGAGAGGAAAACAACUCACUGGACUCUAUCAGUGCUGUUAUUUGAGCACGGACUCCGAUUCCAACUCUCCAGCGUUUAGGACUAAAAAGAACAAUUUGAGAAGGAGCAAGAGAAAUUAUAACUAGAAGGAUUUAUUAUUAUUAUUAUUUUAUCUGACAGUUGGAGGACUGCUUGACAUUUAAAAAUAAUAAAUAACAAAAAUUGUUAUUAUAUUUGUAUUAUUUAAUGGGAAUGGGAAUUCGGACAGAUAAUCAAGUCUGGGGUUAAGUAAACGAACAAAUUUUUGUUUUUUUUUGUUUUUUUUUGGUAAACAAAAAAUUGAUUAGAAAGAAAAGAAACACUUGGAAGAUUCUUUAAAGCACAUUUCAAAACAAACAAACCAAAAAAAAUCCUUAGAUAAAAGCAUCUACAUUUUGUUGAGAGUGCGGACGAAGGUGUUUAUUAAGAAAAAUAAACAUGGAGAAAAAAACUUGCUUUUUUAAAAAAAAAACAGAUCCAAAAUAAUAAUAAUAAUGAUAAUUAAAAGAAUAAAAAGAUGAUUGCCCUGGGAGCUUUAAGAACACACAGGAAGACGGAAUAACACAACUAACCCCGAUGGGACUUAUAUACUUCUAAUUUUCAUUAAGAUAAAACAAAAUGUUCAGUGGUGAGAGACAGACACCAAACGCCACCCCAACGGCGAUUACCAACACGUCCAGCGCUGGCAAGACUGACCCCAACUCUGAACUGCUGCGUCAGUCCCUCCUGACCACCAUGAUGACCUUUAUAGUCUUGAUAAUCAUUAUUGGUAACCUGCUGGUCAUCAUAGCCAUUGCCAAGACCUCUCGCCUGCAGACCAUCACCAACAUCUUCAUCACGUCUCUCGCCUGUGCCGACCUCAUCAUGGGGAUAAUGGUGGUGCCGCUGGGGGCUUCCUUGGUGGUGUCCCAGCACUGGCUGCUGGGGACCACAGCCUGUGAGCUGUGGACGUCGGUGGACGUCCUGUGCGUGACGGCCAGCAUUGAGACUCUGUGUGUGAUUGCGGUGGACCGCUACAUCGCCAUCACGGCGCCCCUGAGGUACAAGGUCCUGCUAAGCAAAGCACGCGCCCGGGUCAUCGUGUGUGUGAUCUGGGCCGUGUCUGCGCUCAUCUCCUUCCUGCCCAUCAUGAAUCACUACUGGCGCGACGAGGCGGACAAGGAGGCCCGGAUAUGCUACCAGGACCCCACCUGCUGCGACUUCGUCACCAACAUGACCUAUGCCAUCACCUCCUCCGUCGUCUCCUUCUACAUCCCCCUACUGGUCAUGAUCUUCGUCUACGCCCGCGUCUUUGUCAUCGCGUCCAAGCAGGUGCACCUGAUCGAGAAGAGCCGGGUGCGUUUCCAAGACAACCUGGGAGAUGGCUGGGGGGCCAACGUGGCCCCCGGGAAGCAUGCCAAGCGUCGGCCUUCCAGGCUGGCAGCCAUCAAAGAGCACAAGGCCCUCAAGACGCUGGGCCUCAUCAUGGGCAUCUUCACCCUGUGCUGGCUGCCCUUCUUCAUGGCCAACAUCAUCAAGGUCUUCGUCAAGGGUAUCAUCGACAAGCACGUCUUCCUGACGCUCAACUGGCUCGGCUACGUCAACUCCGGCUUGAACCCGAUCAUCUACUGCCGCAGCCCCGAUUUCCGCGCGGUCUUCAAGAAGCUGCUCCGCUGCCCUUGGGUUUCGGAGACGUGGCUGCGCGCCUUUUCCAAGGAGCUUCAGAUGCGGUGCCCCUGCCUCGCUGGGGACGCGGGAGGUAGCAAGGAUCCAGGGGGCCCUUACCAAACACGUGCUCCCAUCCCGCCGGGGCUGGAGGCGGAGGAGAGCGUGGCUAGCAGCCGGAGCAGCAGCCGCAGCGACCAGCACUCCCCCAGAGCCCCGUGUCCCAAUGGGAAUACACACUUCAGUGAUUUUGCUACGACGGAGACAGAAAUUUUCUGUUUACAGUCAGAAGAAGAUGGCCAAUCAGAAAUAGGCUGCCUGGAAGUGGACUGCAUUCCGGUUGGUUAACCUGAGGAACGCAUCAUCAUCAUCAUCAUCAUCAUCAUCAAGGGAUGGUGAUUGGCUGAUCAGACGAAACAGACGUUGGCGAUUGGCUGGACCUAGCUCCACCCCCCCUGAGAAGCAGCAGCAGCAGCAGUCACCCUGCGGAGAAGCUCUCCCAGUGCAUUGUGGGGUAGAUAUCGGAGCAGGUCUUGAUAGGGAUGCACACUGUCUGUCUGUCUGUCUGGUACUGAUAUGGUACCAUGGGACUGCAAUGGAUUACCAGCAGUGUGGAUUGUGUGUCCGUACUACAGUGACACUGUUGGUAUGUCAAACUGUGAAAAUGUUCUCAUUGACUAUUCUUCCAGCCUUAUCUUAUUGUAGCAUAGUGCAGGACCAUUGCACUGCCAUGGAAGAUCAUAUGGGAUUUGCCAUACAUAGAGUACUGUGGUACCAUUCUAUCAGUGGCAGCCUAGUUGCAUUGUAGUUGCCCUUGCGCUACCAUUGUCCCUCUGUACAAGACAAUUGCAUUGGUUCUCUCUGCACUAUCCCUGAAGAUACUUGUGUAAUGCAACUGAAAGGAAACCCAGACACUAUGAUAUGAACUACCAUUGGCUGGGACUGAGGACUCAAAAGCUGUGCUGUUGUGACGGUGUGACUCUAAAGGACAGAACUCGCUCUCAGAGGACGCAUGAAACUCCAGUACAGAUGUGGUAAACCACCUGGAUUGAAAAAAAAAAAACGGAACUCCCUGAAAACGAUUUUACAUUCCUGUUGAAGUCCUGCUUUUUCGAAGCUGUCGCUGCAAACGUGCGGCGAGCACAAAGCAGCCGCGUGACACCUUUCUGUUCUUUUGCAAUUCCGAUUCCGGAAUUUUGAGGGAGUGCGCCUUUUAAAUUAACCCUUUGUUGACAUGUUCAGGAAUAUUGUGCCUAACUUAUUAUUUUAAAAUCUUAGCUUUGCUUUUUUUUUUUUUUGUAUUGAAUAUUGUAUGUCAGUAUUUAAAAUAAGGUAUGAAUAAUGUUGAUUUUUAUUUUGAUAUAGUGUUAGGGGUUAUCUUUAAAAAUGUGAGGUGGAGGCGAGUGGUGUGGGAAUCUAGUGAUAGCAGAAUCACAGCUGUAGUUGUGCUACCAUUGCCUCUUAGCCAGCACAGAAGCGUUGCCACUGUGGGGGCCACUGGUGACCGGUCAUUGAAGAGCAUUUGAGGAGCUCCUCUAUGACUCCAUGUACACUGGGACAGUUUAAUCCAGUUCAGGCUUUUCAACUCAUGUCGCAAUGCAUUCUGGGAUGUUUUACCUGUCUCAGGUUCCUUUCACAGCAGGACUACACUUACCAGAAUGCAAUGGGGUUUAAAAAGCCUGAAUUGCCCUAAACUGUCCUGGGGGUCAUAUGAUAACCCUAACCCUGGACAAUGGCACGCAUUCUCUAAACAAACCGAUUAGUGUGGAAACCUGGAUAUUCCAAGUAAAAUCAAAUUAAAAUAAAAAAAUGCUUUCAGUCUAGAUGUUUAACACAGGCAAAAUAAGCUGAUCCCUGGAGCCAGCAUUACACUUCAGCCAUCAACACCAGGCAGAAGGAUAUCUACAUCAUCAGAUGGAAGGAAACGCAAAUGGAUGGAGACGCAGAUUAAUCACAUUAGUUUACUGUAAAGCUACGACUUAGUUGGUGCUUGUCUUGGCGAGAGUUCAAAUCGGCAUGAAGUUUUAACAUCUACUCUCAUGUAAUGGAAAUCCUUUUUUUUUAUAUACCUAUUGUUUCCCCAGAGCAGGACUGAUAUACACAUAUUAGACCCCCCAUAUUCAAACUGCCAUACACAUAUUAGACCCCCCAUAUUCAAACUGCCAUACACAUAUUAGACCCCCCAUAUUCAAACUGCCAUACACAUAUUAGACCCCCCAUAUUCAAACUGCCAUACACAUAUUAGACCCCCCAUAUUCAAACUGCCAUACACAUAUUAGACCCCCAUAUUCAAACUACCAUACACAUAUUAGACCCCCAUAUUCAAACUACCAUACACAUAUUAGACCCCCCAUAUUCAAACUGCUAUACACAUCUUAGACCCCCAUAUUCAAACUACCAUACACAUAUUAGACCCCCAUAUUCAAACUGCCAUACACAUAUUAGACCCCCCAUAUUCAAACUACCAUACACAUAUUAGACCCCCCAUAUUCAAACUACCAUACACAUAUUAGACCCCCAUAUUCAAACUGAUAUACACAUAUUAGACCCCCAUAUUCAAACUGCCAUACACAUAUUAGACCCCCAUAUUCAAACUGCCAUACACAUAUUAGACCCCCAUAUUCAAACUGCCAUACACAUAUUAGACCCCCAUAUUCAAACUACCAUACACAUAUUAGACCCCCAUAUUCAAACUGAUAUACACAUAUUAGACCCCCCAUAUUCAAACUACCAUACACAUCUUAGACCCCCAUAUUCAAACUACCAUACACAUAUUAGACCCCCCAUAUUCAAACUACCAUACACAUAUUAGACCCCCCAUAUUCAAACUGCCAUACACAUAUUAGACCCCCAUAUUCAAACUGCCAUACACAUAUUAGACCCCCCAUAUUCAAACUGCCAUACACAUAUUAGACCCCCAUAUUCAAACUGCCAUACACAUCUUAGACCCCCAUAUUCAAACUGCCAUACACAUAUUAGACCCCCCAUAUUCAAACUGCCAUACACAUAUUAGACCCCCAUAUUCAAACUACCAUACACAUAUUAGACCCCCCAUAUUCAAACUGCCAUACACAUAUUAGACCCCCCAUAUUCAAACUGCCAAGCCUAUCAGUGGUAAAAUACUCGUCAAUAUACUUCCUCUGAAAUGCAUUACUCAGCUAACAAGUACAGUAGCUUGUGUGGUCUAGUUGACAGGUUUAUUACCAGACUCUACAGCUGUGGCCAAAUGUUUUGCAUCACCCCAUAGAAUGAACUAAAUAUUGCUUCAUGAAGUCGAAUGGAACCUGCUGAGUAACGCUGCGUUAGCACAUUGAAUUACACACCGCUUUGUAGUUUUACAGAUGCCAGCACAUAACGAAAAACUAACACACAACUAAAAAAUGUGACAUUUCGAAAUCCCACUAUUAUGGCUUCGGGAAGACUUUUGCAACAUCAUUUUGUAGUUUUCUUUGAUUACAUGAUGUUAAAUAAAAGAAAUUGUUCAUAUGGUUUAUUUUGUAUUUUGCCUCAGUAUUAAAAUUCUAGGUGAUGCGAAACUUUUGUUGUGAGCUGUAGCUGCCAGUGCUAAUGCUCGGGGUCCCUGCUAAGUAAUGUGUACAGUACUGUGUAAAUAAUAUCUCUCUUCUUGUAUAUAAGUGGAAAAGCAAAGUCUAUUUAAAAAUAAAUAUCAAUAUAUAAAAAAAUAUAGAAAUUGCAGAAACUACGUGUUGUUGUGUGUUGCUU